AUGUCAUACCGAUCCUUUGAGAUACUCGGCGGCCUCACUGAGAUUCUGUGUCACUCUUUCAAUCGGCUCAUAAAUCUGGGACUCCCACGGGAUUCCCCUCCCAUUGUGGGGGACUUCACUGCUCUAGCGGCCCUUCCAAAAGUACUUGAAUGCCCACCCGAGUGGCUGGCCAACGUACAGCCUCUGCUAGAAGCAGUCUUUGUGCCAAAUGGCAAAGGCGAGAGGGUGGCGGAAUAA